UGAAAAAUAUAUUACAAUAAUUUAUAAUAUAAUAAUUUACAAUAAUCAUUAUAUUCAUAGUUAUACUGAUUAAUAUAAUUAAAGUUUUAAGAAAUUUUGCAACAUAUUAAAAAUAUGGAUACAUUCAUUUGUAACAAGUGUUUUGCAACAACAAAUAGAGGAAAAAAACCAUUUUGUUUAACUCAAUGUGGUCAUAUAUAUUGUCAUGGAUGCAUACAACAAGCUGAAAAACAAUGUCCUCAAUGUGAACAGAUCGAUAUUUUUUCCGUUGAAUUACAACAACCAUCAUUGUCAAAAGUAGAAAAUUUCUUUGUUCCACUAAGUGAAUCAUUGGAAUCAUUACAUAAAAUAUGUGGUUUUCAAAAUAAUCAAAUGAAAAUCAUGAUGCAACGCUUUUAUGAAAUUGUGCAGUUUCCGUUUUUUUCUGUUUUAUUCUUCUUAAUAUUUUAA